AAACUUCUGAAACAAUUAUUUAUAGUUUUUUCUUCGGAUAAUCCUCCAAUUGCUUACUCAAUCAAAACGGUGAUUCAUAAUUGCACGUUCUAUCUAAUCAAUCGUCACUAAUCCCGAAUAAUAUAUUAUAAUCCUGACUCAGAUUCAGAUUCACUUCUCAUUCCUCUUUCUUCAUCUUUUUCAUCUUCGUUUUCUUCCUUUUCUGAAUUUUUAAAAAAUUUACAAUUUUUCUUCAAAAAUGGCAACUUUAAGCAUGACCCAUAUUAGGACUAGUAAUUCUCCAUCUGGGUUUUCAUUGAGUUGUUCUAAGAAGGUUUAUGAACGUCCUAGUAGAGUUGGGUUUAAGGUUUUUGCUUCUGAAACUCAAUCUUCUUCAGAGCCUGAUCUUAGUGUUACUGUAAAUGGUUUGCAUAUGCCCAAUCCAUUUGUUAUUGGAUCAGGUCCACCUGGAACUAAUUAUACUGUUAUGAAAAGAGCUUUUGAUGAAGGUUGGGGUGCUGUGAUUGCUAAAACUGUAUCACUUGAUGCAGCAAAAGUUAUAAAUGUAACUCCUCGAUAUGCCCGGCUACGGGCUAGUCCAAAUGGAUCAGCAAAAGGAGAAAUUAUUGGGUGGCAGAAUAUUGAGCUUAUCAGUGAUAGACCACUUGAAACAAUGUUGAAAGAAUUUAAGCAAUUAAAAGAUGAAUAUCCUGACAGAAUUCUGAUAGCUUCAAUCAUGGAAGAGUACAAUAAAGCUGCUUGGGAAGAGCUUAUCGAUAGAGUUGAACAAACUGGAGUCGAUGCACUUGAAAUAAACUUCUCAUGUCCUCAUGGUAUGCCGGAACGUAGAAUGGGCGCUGCUGUUGGGCAAGAUUGCGCUCUUCUGGAAGAAGUUUGUGGAUGGAUAAAUGCUAAAGCUACAGUUCCUGUUUGGGCUAAGAUGACUCCCAAUAUAACUGAUAUUUCAGAGCCAGCAAGGGUUGCUCUACGUUCAGGAUCCGAGGGAGUAGCUGCUAUAAAUACAAUCAUGAGCGUCAUGGGAAUCAAUCUCAAUACAUUACGUCCCGAGCCUUGUGUUGAGGGGUACUCAACUCCAGGUGGUUAUUCUGCGAAGGCAGUCCAUCCGAUAGCACUUGGGAAGGUUAUGAGUAUUGCGAAAAUGAUGAAGGCAGAGUUUGAUAGUAAGAACUAUUCACUUUCUGCCAUUGGUGGUGUUGAAACAGGUGGUGAUGCUGCUGAGUUUAUUCUUCUUGGUGCAAAUACUGUCCAGGUGUGCACAGGUGUUAUGAUGCAUGGCUAUGGUCUUGUGAAGAAGCUUUCUCUUGAGCUAAAAGACUUCAUGAAAAAGCACAAUUUCACAUCAAUAGAAGAUUUCAGAGGGGCCUCUCUUCAGUAUUUUACUACACAUACUGACUUGGUGAAAAGGCAGCAAGAAGCAAUUAGACAAAGAAAAGCCAUAAAGAAAGGCUUGCAAUCUGACAAAGACUGGACAGGAGAUGGUUUUGUGAAAGAAAGUGAAAGCAUGGUUUCUAAUUAAAUCAAAAUGUGCAAUCAAAUUAAGCAACUUUUGUUGUAUGAUUAUCUAAUAUAGUUGAUGCAAAUAAGGUGGUGAAGGAUAUGAUAUUUGAUUAUUAUAAUAAAUUGAUUGAUAUAUUUGUCCUUCUAAGUGUAUGUUUAGAUGAGUGGCAAAUUUGAUAGAAUCAAGGUGGUACCGUGAUUUUGUUGAAGCUAUCAAGAGUAGGUAUUGCCAAAAUCAUAGUGGCUCACCGUAAUUUGAUUGCCAAUCCAAAUAUACACUAAGAACAUGUGAAUUAUUUUAUGUCGUUAAGUAAUAGAAGUACACAUUCUUGGAAA